UAAACAGUUGUAGUGCGGUAAACUUGCGCCAGAUGGCAGCACAGGUGGCGCCACAGCUGAUCACCAUCACAAGGAACCUGUGAAGAUGUUCUCCUUACUGGCCAAGACUCUCUCCUCUUCCGCGGCGAGGGGUGUGCGUCACAUCCACCGCAGUACUGCUGUCUGUAGUGAUGUACUCUUUGUCCACAAGGAUACAGAAAAGAACAAUAUUGACACGCCAUUUGAGUUUACCCCAGACAAUUUAAAGCGAGCCAAGGCCAUCAUCUCGAUCUACCCAGAUGGUCAUAAAAAAGCUGCAGUUAUUCCCUUGCUGGAUUUGGCACAGCGACAGGUUGGCAACUGGCUGCCAAUAACGGCUAUGCAUGUCGUGGCAAAGCUGUUGGAUAUGCCAAGGAUGAGAGUGUACGAAGUUGCAACUUUUUACACUAUGUUUAUGAGAAAUCCUGUAGGCAAAUACCACUUACAAGUAUGCACCACCACCCCAUGCUGGCUACGAGGAUCAGAUGACAUUAUGGCAGCUGUCAAAGACAAGCUUGGCAUUCAGCCAGGAGAGACAACCAAAGAUGGCCUCUUCACACUUUCAGAGGUGGAGUGUCUUGGAGCAUGUGUUAAUGCACCCAUGAUUCAGAUAAAUGAUGAUUAUUAUGAAGAUCUUGAGGUAGCAGACGCUCAGGAAAUUCUAGACACCUUAGCUGCUGGGAAGAAGCCUAAAGCUGGCCCACGAAAUGGCCGUUUUGCUGCGGAACCAGUCGGAGGUCUCACUUCUCUAACUACACCCCCACCAGGACCAGGAUUUAGGGUUCGUGAUGAUUUGUGAAGUUUGCAAGUUGGCAUCGCUACUAAAUUAUGUAAUGGAUUCUAACUUGACUGUAUAGAGUUUGUCAAAAUGAGUUUUUCUGUAAAUAACUAAAUAAAGUUGUAAUCAGU